UCACUCCAUCUCAGGAGUAUUUCUUUCUUUUGGGCAUUGCAGAAUUCUAGCCAGAGUAGGAAAUGUAGAGAGAAAGAGAGACAGAGACAGAGAUGGUGGUGGCCUCAGGAACUAAUUCCUACGCGAAAGAGAUGGCCAUCCGAAAGAGGAUUGCCAACAUAUACAAUAAAAGGGAGGAUGACUUUCCAUCCUUAAAAGAAUACAAUGAUUACUUGGAAGAAGUGGAGGACAUGACAUUCAAUUUAGUUGAAGGAAUAGACGCUGCUGCCAUUGAAGCAAAAAUUGCCAAGUACCAAGAAGAAAAUGCUGAGCAGAUUAUCAAUUCCCGAGCUCGCAAGGCUGAAGAACUAGCAGCAGCUCUACAGGCAAGCAAGGGGCAUCCUGCACAGCCACAGACAGAUGCUGCUGAUGGGGCUGCAGGUCAGAUCUCUCAAUCAGCGGUUGGUGGGCAGGGUCAGUACGCGCCUGCUGUCGCUGGGGGUGCUUUCGCUCAACCACGGCCAACAGGCAUGGUCCCGCAAGCACAGCCUGUCCCAGUUGGCGGUGGCCUUGAUAUGCAGGGGUAUGGUGGGGAUGAUGAAGAAACACAAAAGUUGCGGGCAGAAAGAGGUAGAAGAGCAGGUGGGUGGACUGUGGAACUGAGCAAGAGGAGAGCAUUUGAAGAAGCAUUUGGUAGCAUAUGGAUUUGAAAUUUCUCCAACACAGCCAUAUCCCUCUUCACUGCCCCCUUACAACUAGAAGCUCUUGUUGAAAGCAAUGAAGUGCGCAUUCAUAUGUCAUUUUCCAUGUUGUAGGCGUAUGUGUAUGAAUAGGUACUGCAGUGAUGCGGGUCCUACUGAGGAUGGCCCUGGUUCACAACGACAUAUCUAAUAAAAGAAGGUUACAAAAGUCUGCCACGCGA